AUGAGUGUAAAUACAAGUAAGAAAGGUUAUAAUAAGUAUAUGGAUAAAAGAAUGUACUUGAAUAAUAAUAAUAAUAACAAUAAUAAUAAUAAUAAUAGUAAUAGUAAUAGUAAUAGUAAUAGUAAUAGUAGUAACGUGAAUCAAAAAGAGAAGAUGCCACAAGGUCAGAAUAAUAGUAAUUGUAAUAGUAAUAAUGAAGAGUAUCGUAAUUUAAAGAAAGAUGAUAAUAUGAGUAAUGUUGUGAAUACAAGUGAGAGACGAAUUUUAUUUUAUAAAACUAAAAUAUGUCCUUGGUAUAUUAAAGGAAAAUGUGAAAGAAGAAAAACUUGUUUAUAUGCUCAUGCUCAAAAUGAAUUAAGAGAAUUACCAAAUUUAUGUAAAACAAGUUUAUGUCCUAAAUUAAAAAUAAAUGAAUUAUGUAAUGAUAAAAAAUGUAAAUAUGCUCAUACAAAUAUAGAAUUAAGAGCAACAGAAAAUUUAUAUAAAACUGCAUUAUGUGAGAGUUUUAUUAAAGGUAAAUGUUUUUCUGGACAAUUUUGUAGAUAUGCUCAUGGUCAUAAUGAAUUAAGAGAAAACCCCAUGGAAAUAACUGAUAAAAAUAUUAUUAUUGGUACUAGUAAAAAUAAGAGUGAUAAGCAAGAAUAUGACAAGAAAAAGAAUUCUAGUAAUAGUAGUAACAACAACAGCAAUAAUAGCAACAACAGUAAUAGUAGUAACAACAACAGCAAUAAUAGCAAUAAUAGCAAUAAUAUCAACAACAGCAACAAUAACAACAACAACAAUAAUAAUAAUAAUAUGAAUCAUCAUAUUAAUAGCAAUAGUAGUAAUAGUAGUAAUCAUAUUAAUAAUAAUGUGGAUUCAAAUAAAAGAAAUGAAACCUAUUGUAUAUUUCCAAAGAAGAAAGAAAUAUAUUUUAAUAAAGUUAAUGCAUUGACAGAAGAUGAUGGAAUUUAUGAUAUUACUGAAACAAUUGAUCCUCAAUUAUUAAAUGAUAGUAAUACUGACAAUUCAUAUGAAUGUAAUAAAAAAGGUGCAGCGGUUAUAAGUUCUAAUAAUGCUAAUAAUAAUACACCUACUGAGUAUGUAUUAAAAAAUGGAAUAAAGAAUGCUAAGAAUAAUAUGAACAGUAAUAAUAUAAAUCCAAAUAUUAAUGUUGUUAAUAAUGGUAAUGCUAGUGUUGCACAUAUGAAUCAUAUGAUGUUCAAUAAUAUGCAUCACAUGAAUGGUAUGAAUCAUAUGAAUGGCAUGAAUCAUAUGAAUGGUAUGAAUCAUAUGAAUAAUAUGAAUCAUAUGAAUGGUAUGAAUCAUAUGAAUAAUAUGAACCUUAUGAAUAAUAUGAAUCAUAUGAAUAAUUUGAACCUUAUGAAUAAUAUGAAUCAAAUAAAUAAUAUGAACCAUAUUAAUGUGAAUAUGAAUAGUUUUAUUAAUGGAAACAUGAAUCACAUGACCGCCUUAAAUCAUAUGAACCCAAUGAAUAUGAACAUGAAUCUAAAUCAUAUGAAUAAUAUGAAUAAUUUAAAUCAUAUGAACUUUAAUAUGAACCCUAUGAAUUUCAAUAUGAAUCAUAUGAACCACAUAAAUAACAAUAAUAAUAAUAGUAAUAAUUGUGGUAAUGGUAUUAUUCCUCCUGUUAUGAAUACAUCAUUAGAAAAUUAUAACAAGACAGAAGACAAUAGCAAAUUUAAUGAAGAACAAUUUUUGAACGACAACUUAAAUGUAUUAGGUUUUCUUGAAGAAUCUACAUGUGGAGAAAAAUUUGGAAGGUGUUCAAGUACCAACAAUUUGUUAACCGAUAUCAAUAGUACUAAUAAACAAGACAGUAAUAAUUUUACAUAUAACAACUGCACAAAUAUGGAUGGCAUAUAUAAUAAUAACAUGAAAUAUAAUAAUAUACAUAAUAUGAAUGCUUCAGCACUCUCUUCUAACACAGUGAAUAAUAAUUAUAAUAAUAUGCCAGCCAAUGCAAAUAUGAAUUAUUCCAGUAAUAAUAAUAUGGAGGACAAUUUUAAUAACUUUAAUAACAAUAAUGCCGAGAAAUUUAAUUAUGAGGAUUUUUUCUUUGGAACAAUUUCGAAUAAUCAUCCUAAUAACAAUACAUUGAGCAAUAAUAUUAUAUUAAAUAACGAUGAGGUAUUACAUAGUAGAACUCAAGCAUUAAACAGUUAUAUUAUGAAUGAUGAUGUAAAUAAUAAUACAGCACCUUCAACCGGAAGAGAAAGUAGUAACAAUGAAGAAAUGUUAAAUAAUAAAAUGGUAAUAAAUAAUGAUACUUAUAAUAAAGAAAAAGAAAAUAAAACAAAUAACAAUACAACAAAUAAUAUUAAUAAUAAUGCUGAAAAUAAUGUAGUUACAUGGGAAGAUUUUUCUUUAUUUGGAAAAUCUAAAGCACCUAUCUCAGAAAAUGAUUACUUUAAAAUUUUCAACUAUGGAAUAUGUAACAAUGUGGAUAAUAAAUUGUAUGAAAAUUGUGAUGCAUAUAAAAAUGACAUUGAAAAGUAUGACAAAUCUUUAUUUAUUCUUUAA